AUGCCGUCUCAAAGAGGAUUUACCUCUGAGGCGGGCAGCAAGGGCGAUCGAGACCCGAAUAUUCUCGUCAGCAGUGAUGGGCUCAAACUCAGCAUGUUGAUUUCCAUUCUCUGCAAGAACAAAAGGUUUGAUGAAAAUCUGAGCGGAGAUGAAAGAAAGUCAUACAUGUUUGGGACGACAUGGGCCUCUUUCUUGCAGUUAUCAGAAGGAAGGAGCAGUUGCUACGUCAAGGCCAAAGCCAACAGCGAGCAUGAUAACUCAGUGAGGAUGAGAGGAGUCAUCACUUUUCCUGUUUUAAUUAGUCACAUCAGCUUCUCAACUGGCAAUCAUGUCAUCUGCUUCCUUCCAGGCGUUGAUUAUAAACUGAGGACUGCGUCACACAGACCACACUGCCUGAAGAUAUGUGAUAUUUUGUCCUUUUACCCUGGCAGACAUCACAGAGGAGACAGAUGUGAUGGCUGUUUCAGAAGAUCAGAGAGUGAGAAGCCCAAAACGCUGCUCCACAAGCUCCAAAGCUCAACGGGGAUCUCCUCAUAUGUCUACAUGAAAAACCAAACUGGCUGCUCUUGUCUGAGACCACAUCCCUCAACUACAGCGCUCUGCAUCGACAGUGCAUGUAAAAAAAGAACAGCUGCUCCUUUUCGCACCAUGCUUUGA